AUGUUAUCUAAUAAUUGCCAUCAACAAAAUAAAAAAUCUCAGGUUCGACGUCACGAACGAGCAUUAAAAAAAAAUUAUCGGAAAAAAUUUACCCCUAAAGUAAAACAGUCAUCAAUAAUCAAUCUUUCUCAUCAAUUUCUAUUGGAUCUUCAACGACCUGACGCGCCAUUUUUUUCUUAUACAAUUACUGAACUUGAACCAAUCUGUCAACAAAUCGCCAUAGAACAAAUGUCCUCCGUCAUGCAAUCGAUAACUACUUGUCCAUUAAUUUGUUUAUUUUGUGAAAAUUUAAUAUAUGAACCGAUAACGCUCUAUUGUGGCCAUACCUAUUGUGAGCAAUGUAUCAAAGUCGAUGAAUUUUCUUCAAUAUCAAUAAACUGUUUACGUUGUUCAAAAGAUAUACAAGGUCAAAUACAAUCUCCAAUUGUAAAUGCAAGAGAAAAAAACUAUAGUAAAAAUCAUUUUGUAAAACAAUUAAUCGAACGAACCGCAUCAUUAAAAUUCAAACGUGAUAAUAUUCUAUUAUGUCAUCAAGCACAGAAUGAAUACAAAAAUAAUAAUUAUGAAAAAGCAAUCGAUAUCUAUUCAAAAAUAUUGAACGAAUAUGAUGAUGAUCAUAUUGCAUUGUAUGGCCGAGCUAAAGUAUAUAGAGCGUUAAAUCAAAUUGAUAGAGCUCUUACUGAUAUCAAACGAGUGAUACAAGUUAAACCACAAUGGGCAAAAAGUUAUUAUUGUCGCAGUGAAAUAUUAUUCGAAAUGAAACAUUUCACGCCGGCAUUAUUAUCAUCACUACAAGGACUUUUAAUUGACCCUGAAGAUCAAAUAGGGAAACAAAUAAUGGCACGACAUCUUCAUGGUGUGCUACACGAUACUGAUAGUAGAGAGCUCGCAUUAACAAAUGACAUGGCAUUAGAUAAUCUACGACUGACGAAGGAUGAUAAUAGAAUGGAAAUGAUAACAUCGGGUACUACAGAUAAUAAAUUAAUCAUGUGCAGAUCAAAACCAUCCGCCGCAUGUCUCUGUACAUUGUUCGAUUGCAGAUAUUUACGAGCAAGAGACUUGGAAUGUUCUAUAUGUGUCAAUUUAUUAUGGUUUCCAGUAACAACACCAUGUGGUCAUGUUUUUUGUCGUGAAUGUCUUAUUCGUUCUAUAGAUAAUACACAAGUUCAAUGUCCAAUGUGCAAAAGCUCUUUAGAAGAAUUUUUUCCUAUGUUAAUACAAGCACAUGUGAAUAAAACUGAGAUUAUAUCGCAAGUUAUUGAAACUUAUUUUCCAAAUGAACUUAAUGAACGACAGCAGCUAUUUGAACAAGAAAAUAUUCAGGGAGCAGCUAUCCCUCGCUCACCAACCACUAAUGUUGUUCCAACUAUAUUUGAAAUUCCAAUCUUUGUGUGCGUAUUAUCUUUACCUUGUUGCACAUGUCCAUUACAUGUAUUUGAGCCACGUUAUCGUUUAAUGAUGCGUCGAACUAUAGAAACUCAAUCACGUACAUUCGGCAUGUGUACAUAUGAUCCACAAACAGAAACCUUUGCUGAUUAUGGUACAUUAUUAUAUAUUCGAGGACUUGUCUAUACUCGUGAUGGCCGUUCAAUAGUUGAUACAAUCGGUCAACGACGUUUUCGUGUUAUUGAUCGUGGAGUACGAGAUGAAUAUUGUACAGGACAUGUUCAACUUAUUCAAGAUGAUCCAAUUGAACAAGAAGAUUUCGAUGAUUUAUAUCAACUAAAUCGAGAUAGUUAUAAUCGUGUACGUGCUUGGUUUGGUCAACUUGACGCAUAUCGACGAACAUUAAUAACUCGUCAAUUAGAAGGAUAUCCAUCGUGUGAUGAUCUAACGCAGAAUUCAACUGAUGGGCCUGCUUGGGCUUGGAUAAUCUUGAAUAUAUUACCAAUAGAACCAGAUAUUCAAUAUUCAGCAUUGAUGUCGCAAUCAUUUCGUAGUCGUUUACAAAUCAUUAAUAAUACAAUGGACUUUUUACUCGGUCACCAACAACCAGCAACAAUGGCUGAUGAAACAUAA